GAAGCAACUUCAAAGAGACAUCUCCAUGGGAGUACGAGUACCUAAAGCCUUCCCUAAGGAUAUUGUCAAAGAUGCUAGAGAUGGACAGUGUCUUGGAGACGUUCCAUGCGCCUGGACGAUCCAUGACUCCAGUUCCAGGUACCAAGAAGCGACCAGGAAAUGCCUACGUGUAUACUCCUCGUCAACUCUCUGACCAGGAGAGAGCUGACAUAGUCUUUGAGUUACGACAAUUGUCAAACUUUGUGUAUUUUGAGUGGCGUUCUGGUGAUGAUGGUCUAGGCGAGCCCCUUUGAGUUGAAACAACCAGGAAUGAGACUUGGUAACAUCACGAGAGCGAGCAAGGUUGCGCUCAAUACCGCAACCAGAUAUGUUCUCACAGACGGUCACGCGAUACGCGCUAGUAGGUAUAACAGCGAAGCCUCUGACGCGUCUUCACUCUUGCGCAACCAAUUUAUGUUCGCAGAUCUUAUUCUACACGAGUUGGGACACGCAUACUGGUUGAACGUCAUGAUUAUCAAGAACAACGAUCGUCCGUUUUGUCGGGACGACUAUAUCUCAGAAGAGGGGCUUGUCAUGCAAGCGGCAGUACAUGCUGGACUAGUUCUCUCGACCGAAAUCGCAAAUGUGUAUGUCCCUACGAGGCCUUUUGGCCUGAAAGCGACGAGAUGGCCAGAAAGCCAAAGCGCACAACAUUGGGAGACUAGGUCAAGCUAUGUCAAGACAGGCGGAAGAUUUGACACUCACUAUGUGUAUAUUCGGCAAUUUUUCACCGAUACCUUUUGGGACGAAGAGUUGCCUAGGUGGGGACGCAUUGCACUAUCGAGUAUCACAGCAUUAGGGGUACGGAGAGAACUACCGCAUUACUAUCUCGAAUAUGACCCUGCAGAGAGUCCAGUCCCAAGGAAGAAACGUAACAGUUACGAUGGCUUGGAGACGGAUGAUCUGAUGCCAGGCACGAAGGAACAUACUAUUGUCUCUAGAGACUGGGAUAUAACCCUGGGCCCUCUGCAGGAUUUUGAUGGAUGAGAAGUGGAAUGUGUAGCGGGAAGCAGGGGAGAAUUUUACGAGCCCGUAAGCCUUGCGUACUUCUUGGAAGGUCCACCAGAGCUAUGCAAUAGAGAUAUGCACCCAGGCAAAAGAUCAAGUCUAGGAUUCCACACGCACAUGCGAAGCAGAUCCAA